AUGGUCCAAGAUAUUUACAAGGGUGUUGAAGCGAAGCCAUUAAUCAUUGCACCAGGAGGAUUCUUCGAUGCAAACUGGUUCAAAGAAUACCUUACCAAAACAACCAAUUCACUCGAUGUGGCCACCCACCACAUAUAUAAUCUUGGUCCAGGUGUUGAUAAGCACCUUAUCGAAAAGAUCCUUGAUCCAUCUUAUCUUGAUGACGAGGCUGCUACAUUUAGCAAACUCCAGAGCGCCAUCAAGAGCUCUGCAAAUCCAGCAACUGCAUGGGUUGGCGAGGCAGGAGGGGCAUACAACAGUGGCCGAGAUGGUGUAACCAAUGCCUUUGUGUUUAGUUUCUG